AUGCUGCCCCUGCAACCACACCCCGAUACCAUCCCAAAAUAUCACGACUAUCUCCUUGCUCGCUCCAAGGCUGCCUCACCUCCCUCAUUUUUUACUGAUAUCGCUCAUAUAGUCUCUGCCAGUCUUUCUCCCGUUCAGUCAGAUUCUCCAAGCGACACAGGCGACGACGACCGCCUGCCGUCACCCCAGUCGCCUUCCGCGAAUUACGGCUAUGCUAAUCGUAACUCUGGCCCAUUCGGUUCCCCCUCGUCCACUACUGAAAUGUACGUCGACCACAACGGUAGCACCUACCCACCCUCGGCCCACCAAUAUUCCGGUUACCGUAGUUCUGAACCUUUGAGGUCGUCGGACAUCCCUGGUACCUACCUCGAUGACUCACCAUCUCCCGACGAUGGUCAUCCGACGUCUACCAUUUCAGAUUCCCUUGGCCCAGGUCAGCAACAGCCGCGAUCUUCUCAUUCAGGGCAGCAGCAUUUGCCCGAGGGUCGUAUUUCUCAUGCACACCUUGUACCAGAUAGAUUUCCCCGCCCGCAGGCGGAUAGAUUUUCAAGUCACCAUCACCAUAUUAUGGAUCAGCGACGCAUGUCCGAGCCCGCUGUAUUAAGUGGUGCGAACUCCUAUGCACCAGAAAUUAGUAGCGGAAACCGAUACCAGCAGUAUAACUUUGCAUAUCACCCACCCGCUCUCAAUGCCUCGCGCUCCCCUGCUCCAUUGUAUAUCUCACGCGGAGCGAGUACUGGCUCGUUGCGAGAUCUCCGCAACCAACACUUGCAAUAUCCACCCCACGGCGGGGGCUGGAAAGAACAUGACAAAUAUCAUAGAAACAAUCUCGAAUACUACGACCAGUCUGGCGGGUUUGAUGAGCCAAUCUCACCCUGUCAACCCAACUUUACUGGUGGAGUGGUUGGCUCUCCAACAUCUGGUUUGCCAUACUCUCCCAUCACUGAAAAUACGUAUGGGCCCUCUCCUCCUGGAACUGGAACGUCAACAUCAUCGUCUGCCCCUCUGAGCGCUGGUGUGAACUGCGGUUCAUCGCGCUCACCUCCAUAUCAAUUCCAGAGGAACCCCUCUGCCAAUAGCAAUAAUUCUUCGGGUGAUUCUUCAGACCGAAAGACCUACUCAUUUGUCGCCCUGCCUGGCAAUGCUGUUAAAAAACGGCCAAGAAGGCGAUAUGAUGAAAUAGAAAGGUUGUAUCAAUGCUCAUGGCCAGAUUGCAACAAAGCGUAUGGAACGCUGAAUCAUUUGAACGCACACGUUACAAUGCAAAAGCAUGGUUCGAAGCGCAACCCCAAUGAAUUCAAAGAGCUCCGAAAGCAGUGGCGCAAAGCCAAGAAGGAAUCCGAAGCACCGUCUUCUACAAUUAUGCGAAGGUCUAGUUUCAACGCACGCCACGGUGAAUAUGACUACGAUCACCGCUAUGGACAGUCACCCCAUGUUUCACACCACCGUCAACACCCCUCGCGCCAGCCUGAUUUGGGCAUGCCUUCAUCCGUACCCAUUCCACAGCCUAUAACGCGUGAGCGGUACAGUGGUCCCGUCGAUGACGUCCGUUAUUCUGUGCAAGGUCGCGAUGGUCAUCCAUUACACCAUCCCGAUUCACCUGUUAGGCAGCGGUACAGUGACAAUUUACCCAACUCAUGGAACGGUACUCCGCCCCUCUCUUCGCGUGCCAGCCUGCAUCAGCCAUACCUGUCGUCGUCCCUUCCUUCCCAUCACGCUCAUCACUCCCAACUGCCCCAACUCUCCAUACAACCCAGCCAUGCUCCGUCGCACCACUCGCCUCUCUCUCCUAUGAACAUGGCGAUGAACCGCCUUCCACAAAAUAGUACCCUUUUAACCCCACUACCAGGAUAUCAAGCAUCUUCUUUGCUUCCUCCAUUAGCAGGUCACGAAGAGCUCAAUUAUGGCGAGUCAUACGAGGUCUAUGAAAACGACAGCAGACCUGGUACUGGGCAUACUAGCCUUGGUCCAGGAAGUGCCGACGAAUACGACCGUCGAUGAUGAGCUUCUUGGGCCUUCAAACCUCUUUAUGCGCCCUGCUGCGCCGCUCCUUACAGGUCUCAUACACCAUUUCUUGCACCAAUCGGAAUUUCCCCGCUAUCAACUUGCUAUCGACCAUUUUUUCUUGAAUAUUCCUUUCUUCGUUCUCACAUUUUAAUCUUGGAACUUCGUUUUACAUAUACCGCCUCUGGGGACUGUUUUAAAGGCCCUUUGAUAUCCUUGGCCUGACUUAAUUAUCUUGCUUCCGCAUAUGCAUUACAACCUCCUACAUUCAUUGUAUUCUACACAACCGUAGUUUUUCUACCCACACUUGGCGUAACCUCUGGCGUUGGUUCGCCUUAUAUAACACCUGUCCUGUAGUUCUAUGCCGUUGUACUUCUGAUUCUAAAAU